AUGCCCUCCGUUUGUGUGAGGGUGUUUAUGUCCAAAAUGAUUGAUCUUGUAAAGAACCCAAUUAGAAAGGGGUCAAGGGAUUUGUUUUUUGUUCGUCAUUUGAUCGAUCGUCAAGGGGAACGCAAAGGAAACGAGUACAGAACACGAAGGGAAGAACGAAGGCAUAAUCAAUUGGGAGGAAGAGGAGAUUGGAAUAGGACUGAACUGAAGGCGGUCAAGAAGAAGACACACGAAGUCAGCAAAGUGAUGGCCUCCGGGAUUCGACUUAGGCCGAAGAAGAGGAAGGGAAAGGAGAAAACAUUAUUCGUGUUUGGGAAGAUCGAUGUCAAAACUACAGUUGAAAUGGUUGCGAGCACAAAUAGGACUCGUAAGUCAAGAACACGUGUUAUUUGGAACGUUGAUUCGAGAAAAUAUUAUGUUUGGGAAGAUCGAUGCAACAAUGGAGGAAGUAAUCGCCGCUGCAAUGACUGCUAA